AUGAAAGUGUCGGGACUUGGGAACCCGCUGAACAAGGCAGACUGGGACCAGGCCGCCGAGACGGCUCCGGACUUGGCCGAGGUGCUCCGAGUGGUGCAGCAGGCGUGGCUGACCCCCAGGAGCUGCUCCCUGGACAGGAGCGUGGAGUCGCCGGCGGGCAGGCCGGCGGGGGCGGCGGGGGCGGGGCUCCCCCACAGGCGCUACUCGGUGCCGGAGGCAGUGAUGCGCCGCUACGCGCUGAGCCAGCAGCGCCGCGCGUCGCUGUCCGGGUCCAGCGGGGUGGCCACCCUGCCGGCGGGGACGCCCGCAUCCCUGUCCGCCGGCAGCGGCGGGGGGCGGGGCGCCGGGGACCUCUCCGCCCCCGGACCGGCUGCCCCGGGGCCUCCUGGCGGCGGUGUCGGCGGCGGGGGGCGGAGCCCCGGGUCGAGCACACCCUCCCCGGCCUGUGACCCCUCUCGGCCUGAGCCGGCCCCCGGACCGGCUGCCCCGUGGCCCCCUGGCGGCGGCGGCGGGGGGCAGAGUCCCGGGUCGAGCAAACCCUCCUCGGCCUGUGACCCCUCUCGGCCUGAGCCGCGGUCCCCUGGAGGCGGUGUCGGCGGCGGGCGGCGGAGCCCCGGGUCGAGCACACCCUCCCCGGCCGCCGCCCCCGACCCGGGCGCCGCUGGUCGGACGGAACCGCCGGGAGGACGUGCGCCAGCCGCAGAGCCGGGCUCCCCCGCAGACAGCGGCACCUCAUUCUCCCUGGACCAGACCGCCAGCGAGCACUCUCUGUCGACCCAGGACAUGACCCUGAGCCUCCCCUCGGAGAGCACGCUGCCCGGACUGUCACCGGCUGUUGGGCCCCGCGGAGACCAGACGGCAACCGACCUGCCAGCGAGCGUGGUUCUCUACUACGAGAGUGCGAAGGAGCACGAUAACACUCACGUCAACACCAUCGCGACUCCCGAGGAAGAAGUCAAGGAAACUGAACGCGAGAAUGUUCAGAACGACGUGGAGCUGAAACACGGAGAAAUGCAUUCGCUUGCUCCUCCUGAGGCAUUGCUUGAGACCACUGGUGCGGAGGUUUCUGCGCCCGGAGAAACAUUAGCCAGCGAGGCAAACAAAAAUGACAUAGCUAAAGAAUUUGAAAACUUUACCUUCGCCAGCAAAGAGUCUCAAACAACUACUGAAGGCAUUUCUUCGGUUGGAGAACCAUUUAUUCAAAACACACUUCUGUCAAGUAAAACUGAAGGAACUGCAUCAAUUACACAGGAAAAUCCUCAUAAAACACCCGCAAGUUGUAUAGAGACAGUAAACCACAAAACGAUUGCCAACAUAAAAACAGAAACCACAAAUAUAGAAAUAAAAAAUGAAAUUUCAACUUCUCAAGGAGAGUCCAAAGUUUUAUCGAAUUUAGAGACUGUAAAAGAACAUUUGAUCAAUGAAAAUGUUUGUCAAAGUGAAAAGGUUUGUCACGAGCUUGAGAAAUGGCCACAAAACCCGCGAAAUCAAAACGCUGCUGUGGAUGGAGAAGGAAGUGAAGAAAAGUCUCGAAAUUCAUCAGGUGGUAACGAGUCCUCUGUGUAUCGAACAUCAGAUACAAGCAUCGACAUGAGCAUGGAGACUCCAACGGAAUGUUGUAUUACCACUCCAGACACCGACCAGACACAAGGCAUGUCUGAUGGGCUGGCAGAGUCGUUAACCAAUACCCCGUUAGCUAACACCUCUGACUCUAAUAGCAUUGUUUCUGCCCAAUCUAAACUCAGACAGGGUGCAGAAAGCUCUACAACACUUGACCAGACUGUAAGCGACCGUUCUACGUCCACACAGGACACUACUGCUAGCGUUGAAACAGAAGCAACCACACCGGUUAAUGGCAGUAUGUAUGAUAUCAGGCACAAUGAUUCCACUACACUAAAUCAAACUGUUAGUGAUCAUUCGGAAUCAACGCAAGAUAUGACACUUAGUAUCCUGUCUGAAUCAGUAGACUGUAUCAACCAGACAGAAAGUCCUGCUAAUACAACUGGUGUUUUAAUGUCCACUACCUUAGACCAGUCGGUGAGCGAUAAUUCUACAUCAACACAGGACAUGACAUUAAGUAUAAAAUCAGAAAAUUCCCCAUUGUUUCAAGCUCAAACAAUUCGUGAGGACUUAAGUUUGGACAUAAAUUCUACAAAAUUAGGAGCUGCAGUCAUUGACCGGUCUGUAUCCACUCAAGACGUGGGAACCAAUACUGUAGAAGAUUUAGGUAUUGACAUGGAAAGCGUAGAUGUAAAAUGUACAGAGACAUUUUAUAAUGCAAUACAUUUGAUUUCACCUGAGAUGUUAAGUGGAAAACAUAUUACUCUUCAAGAAAUAAUUCCCAGUGAAAAUCCAGAGCCUUCCCGGAGACACACAAUCCUGUCUCCAGUGAGUGAGAAUUCAAAUAGUAGGCAAUCGGGAGAAAUGACCUCACGUUCCAACUCUUCACAAGACUUGGAGCACAUUGCAUUCAUGGAUGAUAAGUCAACAAAACAAGUAAAAUCUAAUGCUCAGAGUAUAUUCUAUGUUGUGAAACCAUACAAUAGUUAUUGUAGCAAUUUAAAUGACCUAUCCCCUCAGAGCAACAACGACAACCCUAAUCUUUCUGUACGCACACAACAGCCUAGUGAUGUCUGCAGCUCAUUUAACAAGAUUACAUCAAAUGAAGUGGGUGGUGUAGAUGGCCUUAAUGAAAAAAUUGAAUCGAAAACCAUUAAAGGUACAGCCUUUCAUAGUGUUUUGCCAUCAAAGCCACAAGCAGCAGAAUUCUGUGGAACCCGAUAUUAUCCUUUGCAAUCAUUGUGCAAUUCCAGCAAAAGCAAAUAUGUAGAAUCAGUCUCAUUUAAUAAGGUACAGACUAAUAGUUUGUCUAAAAUGAAUAAUUUUGUUGAAAUAUCUCCAACAACAACAACUGAAAAACAUCUUGAUAUGUAUAAUGGUUUGCCGAUUCGAUGCGAAAGUCCUUCUUCAGUACUUUCCCAGACAGCUUACAAAUGGAGUCACUUGACUGAAAAAGAUAAAUGUAUUCCCACGAUACAACGGGAAAGCAACUGGUUACAAAACAGGCAUCAGACGAGUUUGGAGCAAGAAACUCUAAGCUCGUGCUUUGGGACUGGCAGCUGCUACCGCAAAACUGCACAGACUGAGUUGGCGGUACCGCGCUACUCUGCUCUGCCCAGAACGGUGUCUAUGUUGGUGAACACAUCCUCUGGAGACUGUUCCAGCAAUAGCGACAGCGACUCGGAAUGUCUGAGCUUGGUUGAUAGUCUUGAGGAUACGACGCCAUCUCGGCGGGCCAAGCGAUCUGCUGAGACGAGCAAUCAAAGGUUCAUGAAGGAGGAGUCAGCAGAAAUAUUACCAGAGGAAGGCGCACGUCGAACGCCUCGGAGAGUGCAAAUAGCAACUCCGAGAGGACUAGCCAAAGCUUUCUUUGUUUCCAUAUCUGAAAACGAAACCAAAGACAUAAACAUUGCAAGUAAAUCUCACACGGUGUCUGACAGCAUGCCAGAUAAGCUGAAAGACAAAUUGUCGCAAAGACAUCACCAACUGGCAGUUAAAAGAAUAGAAAAAUACAACAACACCGAUCCUUGUAAAUAUUCUAUAGACGAAAGCAGAGCAAGAGCCAGGAAGUAUAAAAUGAGACGAUACUUAAAGAAAACAAAACCCAUCACAAAGGAUGCUUCCAUGGACAGAAAUAAAAAAAUCCCCCUUGAAAAAUUAAAAAGCGAUCACAUUGAGAAAGUUACAAGCUUAGUAGAAUUAUGCACUCCUAAAUCACCAGUCAAGGAAGAUACCAUCCCAGAAGGAAAUCCAGAAGGCCACAGCGAGCCUAAAAUUUACACACCAAUGUUCACAGACAGUAAAAACAAUCUAGGUGAAAGUAUAGAAAAAUUGGGAGAAACUGCAAUUGAGGCUAAUACAAAUAAUAACUCAAGUGUUCCUGGAGAAGAGUUCAAUAUCACAACCAAAAGUCAAAAAACAGAUUUAAAUUCAUCUGAAGUAAGCAACAAAGUCACUGGUGAAACAGAAAGAGAAGAAAACAAAGGGGGAAUAGUCAAUACAGCACAUGAACAUCAGCAACAUAAUUCCUUCCCACAAACACAGCGUUCAGAGAAUGCACAGGCAACACAAACAAAUAAACUGUCUGCCAAUUUACAAAAUGAACCAUUUAUUUUUUACGAACAGGAUCAAAAGAGUAACACGUUAAAUAACUCUGUGGUAAAAUUAGAACACGGAAGUUAUAAUAAAAGUGACGAGCAAUUGUCGUGUGACAAAAGCCAGUUGAUAAAUGAAAAUAUGGUUAAGGGUGAAAUGGAAGUGCCAGAAAGUACGAAGGACACUGCGUCAGAGGUGCUUGAGAAGAUUCCCAUCAAUAACAUUUCUCGACAUAUUGCAACUAUAGUUAGCUCAGUUGAGCAAGCCCCACCAUUGAAUAUCUUUCAAGAGGCUCCUCCACUCGAUGUAGACUGCGCAGUGCCUUCGUUCGAUACUGACUCAGUCACAGCAACAUGUGACGCGUCUCUACCCGCGCCCCAACCUAGCCCAGUUUACAGUUCUGUUCCUCUGCCAAACAGUUUACCAAUGCAGGCUGUUCACGAGCAUGACGAAGAGACCCAAAACGAAAAAUUUGGAAGCAGGAAUUCAACGGGAAAUUCGAAAAUAAAUGAAACUGAUUGGGCGCAGACAUUGAAUAGCAUCCACGUUGCAAAUAAAUUACAGAAAUCACACAUUCCAGUGAUGAAGUCUCCGAUAGCACUGCACACGGUGAGCCGGGGAACUCAGAAAACUGCAGCCAAAGAUGAGGUUGUUGCGGUAGAAUCCGGCAGUCUUUCGAACUUGCGAGCCUCCCGACCGCUGCAGCAACCGGCUGCAAGUGCACGGAGAUCCGCGAACUUGCUGGCCGGCAAGUUCCAGCAGCGCUUCGAAGUCAUCCCUGAAGAGAAGAGUGGCUCUUUGGAGUCCUCUACCGAAGAUCAAGCCCAUCGUUUAGUCGAAAAAAACAACAUGACAUACAUCCAUUCCGAAAAAUUACCCUCUAAAUCAGUGGGGAUCAAUAAUGGCACCGGCAGCAACAUUCCAAUCCUAGUUAACGGGCAUCAGACCAACCCCCUCAACCGUAGAAACAGCAGUGAGAGCAUCCAACUCCAUAAACUACAAAAUAAGCGAUACCGAAACAGAUUCAGCGUCGCACAAAGAAGGAACGGUGAAAAUAACAAGCUUUUCAAGAAUGCCCAGAGCGGGUUCGGUUCACAGAAUCAGUACGAGAAGUUCAAAAUUGGAAAAGAAAACAUCAACGAAGCGGCACCUGACUUAAAGCACGGUGGAAAAAUAGACAACAUAAACGCCAAACUUAUCGCACUGCACGAAAAAGAACAAUGUACCUGCAGCAAAGGUAGUGGCAGUGGAGUUGUUGUUGAUAGUGCUCCAGACAUCGUCAGAGCAGAUGUACGCGGAGAGAAACUUGUCCCUCAAGGCAGCCGCAAGCUGGGGAACCUUGUCGUUGCACAUUUGGACAGAACGGUGGUCUCGCCUGAACCGGACAAGCUGAGAGAGUGCUACAGAGGAAGAGCUUCCGUGGCUCCCGACUCCCAGGACAGUGAGCUACUGUCCCUCUCGAAAGGGUGGAUCAACUUCUACCUGCUGAAGGGCGCGCAAGGGACACCUGACGGGAGCAACACAGACGAUGGCGGAGCAGCGACCUCCGACAGAGAUGACCGGCCGAGGACGGUGUGCGUGAUCGGGGCAGGCGACGAGAGACCGCGCCAGCGCACGGUCCCGCCCAGAGAGCCGACUGUCCCGGCGCUCCCGCGGAUCCCGUCCCGGGAGCCGUCCGACUCGGAGGCCAGCACGGAGUACCUGCGGCCGCCGGCGACCCCGCGGGGCCCGGCGGCGCGGGGCGACGCCCUGGACGGGUCCGGCGAGCUCGCCUGCUCCGAGUCCUCGUCGUCCUCGUGCUCCAACGCCCCCGGGGGCGGGGGGAGGGGCGCGGUGGGCCUGCCCCCGCUGCGGUGGCCCGCGAGGCCUCGGAGGCCCGCCCGGCUGGCCCGGUGCAGGUCCCGCCUGCAGUGCCACCGCGGCGGGGGGCUGCCCUUCCCGCCGGACCCUCGCCGAGGCGGGGACGGCUGGACGGUCACGGUGGCCGGCACCACCGCCUGCCCCCAGCCGCGCCACGACGUGGAGAUGCGGCUGUCCUUCCCCGCCUGCGCGCGCCGCCCGCCGGCCAGCCAGUCCGACUCGGGCCUUGGCGAGGACGCCCACGGCGACGGGACCCAUCCCCUCCUGCCGCCGGCCCACCGCUGGAGCGUCACCGUCAGAAACCAGGCAGAUGGUUUUGACGGAAGUGAGGAAAUGAAAGCUGAGAAGAGUCUGGAUAGAUGCCUUCCAGAUCUGACGUUCAAUACGGGCCAAUUAAAACAAACAAAGAAGAUUGUCAAGAGACCUGGGACGGGCCAGCCGGCAUACUCGGCCGUGGACGAGGAGACCGCGAGAGCGAGGGCCCGGCGGAGGCUGUCCCUGUCCUCGUGGCCCAAGGUGCACAGCGUGGCGCCGGGCAAGGUCGCCGCCCGGACCACCAGCGGGAACGUCCCGCGGGAAGCGAGGUCCGUCUCCCUCCUGGCGGACGGCGACCGGGGCGCCGCGACGGGGGGCGGCCUCGCCGUCACGGGGUCCGCCAUCGCUCCCGGGGAGAAGCCCCGGGUGCCCACGAUGAGCGAGCGCGACCUCACCAGGACCCACGGCGGGACGGCCUGCGUCGCCGGCCACGCCCGGGCGUAGGGUGGGGCGGGGAGCGCGCAUCGGCGCCGCCACUACGCCCGGGGGGAAGCCCCGUGCUCGCGGACUCUCCCCUGUCCCUUCGUCACGGCCACGCGUCGGCCCAACUGCCCACGUCCGACGAGGAGCUUGUGUCUCUCGUGCGAGUGAACUACGACCUGUGACAUGCAGCGAGCUGUUCGCAAGGGCGAAGCCAGACUGAUGUUUAGGGGAGGCCCUAAUUUAAAUUCCUCUAAUACAAUUUUAGUACAUUUAGAAUUGAAAUAUUUAAUACAUUUAAAACAAGUGAAACUUCUUUGCUGAGAGGGGCUUUCAAAUCCAAAAUUCAUGAGUUACUCGUUCAUACAAGCGCUGCAGAAUGUUUACUCCUGCGUGGACGGUCAUUUUCACGAACAAGUCGUGUCCGUCCAGAAGAAGAGACAGAAGGGGGCGAAGUCCCCCCAAGGGCUGUUGAAUUAAAAAAAAAAUUUUUUUUAAUGCGUGUGUUUACCCUGAUGGAACGAAAAUUACAAGUCUGUUGUUAAAUUAAAAAAUUCGUAGCAAAACAUACAAGUACCUACUUACUAUAAUGUGAUACACAAAGUUAUUAUGGCCAUAGUAAUGUUAAGGUUUUUAGAAAUUUUUUUGUUUGUUUUUGUUUUAAUUGUGGGGUUUGAAAAGUUGUACAUUAUAUAAAAUGGCCCUGCAAAUAUCAUCCAUGUGAAGCAACACAGAGAAGAAUAAUAUUCUGCACGUAUGUCAUGUUACAGUUAAGUGAUGGGAUCCGUGCACUCGAGAAUAUCUUAUAGUUGCAUCUUUGAAGUACGUACUUCUUACCAUAAGAGAUUGCCCAUGUCAAAAGAUCUUAUCAAUGUUUAGUUUUGGUCUUCAAGAUGGUCGUUAGAUUUAAUAUUGUUUACCAAUGUUACAUUAUAUUUCCACGCACAAAAGUAGAAGUGACGAGUCAACUGUGGUUGUUUUUCUAAGCAAUACUAGUGUUAUUUUUUUUAUAUCAGUCAAAGGAACGACAGUUAGAUCAAUAAAUUUAUUCUGCUACUUCCUGCAACCACCCUUUAUUUCAAUUUUCCAAAGCCAGUGUUUAAACUAUGCCUCAAAAUAUUAAUAAUAAGUCAUA